ACAAGUACAUACCAUUCUUUUUUCACGACCUUAAGUAUUUUGUGACGUCACUUUAAAAAAAAGUAUACAAUUAUAUUACAACAGAUGCCAAGCGUUAAGGAUGAAUCUGAGCCAGAAGGAGAAGAAAUGUCUCAUGACAGUAAUGAAAGCAAUCAAAGCUCUGCAUCAUGUGACAGUAGUGCAGAACAUACCGACAGCGAUGACUCCUCAGAAAUGGAUGAAGAUGAAUGUGAAAGGAGACGCAAUGAAUGUAUGGAAAAUUUAGUAGACUUAGAACGGCAAUUCACUCUUCUGAAAGAACAGCUUUAUCGUGAAAGAAUUAUUCAAGUAGAUACAAAAUUAGGAGAAGUUCGUGUUGGAAAAUCUGAAGAAUAUUUAGUACCAUUAGAACGUUUAAAAGAAAAUAUGAAAACAAAAACAGAAGUAGCUGGAAUACUAAAGCAAUAUAGAUUACAAAAUAUACAAAAUAAAUUCCUAGCAGAAGAACAAGCUGCAUUGCAAAAUUUUGAAAGUGAAAAAGAAUUAAUCUGGGAUUGCAUUCAUAAUGAUUUGCAAGAGAAAAUUCGUAGACUAGAGGAGGAUAAAAAUAACGUUGAUAUUCAUGCAGAUUUAUGGUUAAAUUCGAAUGGGAGAAGACGCAGAAAUCACACUGAAAGAAGAAGAGCUGUUUCUGUUGCUGGACCCUACAUUGUUUAUAUGCUUAAUGAUGCAGAUAUUCUUGAGGAUUGGGCGUUGAUAAAGAAAAGUCUAAGCAGUCGAAAAACUGAAAUAAUGUAAUACUAUAUGCAGAUAUAGAUUAAUUUUUAAAAUACAACUUCAAUGAUGCUAAUGUAUCGCCCUUUUAUAAGUGUAAAAUUUCUAAAAGAUAUUAGAGCGAUCAUUACCUUCAUUUUAUAACA